CGGACAUCACAGUUAUAAAAACCUCAUGGCAUAUCAUUUCAUAGAUGCUAGUGUAAAAUGCACAAAUUGAAUUUUGUGAAUACAUACCAUCUGUGGCGAUAAAACCAUAUUAUUAAGGUAAAAUGUUAGUAGUUUAAAUUAAAUUAUUUUUAAAUAUAAAAGUGUCAUUCUUCUCGGGUCAUGUGAAAAGAAAAGUAUGCUGCAUCAUUUUUUCUUUCUUUUCUUUUCUCUACUUUUUUCCCUUUCAGUCCUUUAUACCAAGAAAUCGCGAUGGGUCCAAGAAAAGAAGAUUAAUGGUGGUAUAUUAAUGAACAGAAUGAAUUAAUACGUUCAUGAAUUUUUAAUUAGUCGUUUCCUUGUAUAUUUUAAUUUUUUAUUUUGUAUUGCUUCAACCAGCAUUUUAAAUUAUUAUCAACCAUAAUACUCAAAAAAUUCAUCAGAGCUGCACUAUCAGAUUUUCUAGUAUUAAUUAUUAAGCUUUAGUGUUCAAUUUUCUUAAAAUAUUAAACUUUCUGUGAAAGAUAUUCUGUCAAAACAUUAUGAUUGAUGUACGGUUUGCUUAUCCACAUUUCUGUUGCAACGUAACAUUAUGCUAAUGCCUUUUGACAUAUUUUGGAAAGUUGUCGGUAAUAGUUAAAAUGUAAUCCGUCAUCACUUUUUAUUAAUACACGUUUUUCAUUUUAAUUUGUGCAAUAUUUUUCACAAGAGGACUGUGAUUCGAGCCUGAGAAUGAAAAAACUCUUAGCAGAAAGUAAUUUUUUUUCCUCCUUUAAUAGAUUAUAUCAUGAAUUUGGAUUAAUCGAGUCAAUGAAUUCUAAAAAUCGAAUAACGAAGAUUGUAGUUCUGUCAAAGGUUACUUGACUUAAUUCCCAUAAUAGUACCUGCAAUUACCUUUCAAUUGACCUGAUAGUGCUCUUACCGAAGUGGCACAACUUACUGUUGUCUACCUUUAAUUAUGUCUUCCGGGUGUAGAUCCUGUUGAAGUCUUUUCUUAAAAAAAUUUAUACUAUCGAGGGUCGUUUGGUAGGGUGUAUUAGGUAGAACGGAAAAGGCUCAAAUAUGCCAUCGAAAUAUCAGAAAUGACUCAUUUAUGCCACUCGUCAAUAGUUUUGCUCAUUUAUGCCAUUGCCGUUAACAAAAUGGCUCAUCCAUGCCACUUUUCAAUACCAAAUAUAACACGUGACCUUUAAUUUUUCAUGAUCAAUAACUUUAGGAUGAAUAUGAUGAUGCUAUAGUCAUUCAAAGAACAAUAUUUUUUAUACGGAAAAGACUCAAAUAUGCCAUCGAACUAUUGAAAAUGGCUCAUUUAUGCCACUCGUCAAUAGUUUGGCUCAUUUAUGCCAUCGACGUGGACCUUUAAUUGAAGGUCACGUGUCAUAUCUGGUAUUGUAAAACAGGCGUUAAUGAAAAUGGCAUGGAUGAGCCAUUUUGGUAACGGUGAUGACAUAAAUGAGUCAAACUAUUGAUGAGUGGCAUAAAUGAGCCAUUUGCGAUAGUUCUAUGACAUAUUUGAGUCUUUUCCGUAGGUAGAAUAAUGCUGGUAUAAAAUUUUAGUACAAUCUUUGGUUGCAAAUUUAAGUCUAGUACAACUAAUACUAGUUUUACUUAUACACGUUAUUCAAUACUAUCCUUAUACAUAAUAAACCACGGCAUUAAUAACAGCAAUAUUAUUUUUAAAAUUAUGCACCAUAUUAGUACUAUUUAGAAAUCAUGCAACAAAUGUCUUUUUUAAUACAACAAACCAAAUAGUCGAUAAGAAAUAAUGUCAUCAUAACUAAUUCCAGCGUAACUUGUUUUCGAACCAAAUGACCCCUCAGUGUAUAAAUGAUUAAACUCUGAUCAUGCUUUCCCAAUUCCAACAAAUCAGUAGUUAAAAGUUUUCUCACAUCAAUUCCAUGGAAAGAAAGCAAAACCUUGAUCUCAUGAUAAUUUUCUUUUUUAUUUUCCUAUUUGUUCAUGUGAAUUCACAAACUAUUGCUAUACAAGAAGAUGAGAUGACAAUUUUGUUGGAGUUAAAGAAGUAUUGGGGAAAUUCAUCUGAUAUCUUCCAAAUGUGGAAUCUUAAUUCCUUUCCUUGUAGCAAUUGGCCAGGAAUUACAUGUUCUAGUGAUGGUUUUGUCACAGGCAUAAGUCUUAGACAUCAAAAACUUGGUGGAAAUAUUGUUCCACCAAUCAUUUGUGAACUCAAAAAUCUUGUAGAUAUUGCACUUGCAGAUAGUAACUUAUCAGGUCAAUUCCCAACAGUUUUUUACAAGUGUUCAAGACUGGAAAUUCUUGAUCUUUCUGGGAACCAAUUCCAUGGACCAUUACCUACAGACAUUCAUCGAAUGUCUAGGCUAAGGUUUUUGGAUCUUAUCGCGAAUCAUUUCAAUGGUACCAUUCCAAAAUCUAUUGCUCAGCUUACAAAGUUGAAACAUUUGUCUCUUAGUAAGAACAUGUUUGAAGGGAAAAUACCUCCAGAAAUCGGAAAUCUAUCGAAUCUUGAGGUGUUAGGGAUGUCAUACAUGAAGAAAUUCGAGUUUGCUACCAUUCCGAAUGAGUUGGGCAAGUUGAAGAAUUUGAAGGUGCUACUGAUUAUACAGUCAAAUUUGAUUGGGAACAUUCCUGAAUCUUUUUCAAGUCUUUCGAGACUCAAAACGUUGGAUCUGUCAAGAAACUAUCUGAAUGGAUCAAUUCCAGGCUGGUUAUUACAUUUGAAAAGUUUGACAAAAAUAGAUCUUUCGUGGAAUCGUUUAUCUGGAAAAAUUCCGUCACAACUUGAUGAAGAUUUUGACUAUAAUUUCCAUGGUAAUUUUGAUCUUUGUACUUCAAAUACAAGCCAUGCUAGUAAAUAUCUACCCUUGUGUACUAAUCACAAACCAUGCAGAACACUAAUCUUAGCCCCCCUAGUCGGAACGAUUUUGGUAAUUGUUAUAGUUUUACUCUUCUUAUGCUGGAGGAAGAGGCAGGGAAUUGGUGAUAGGAGGUUCAUUCCUUUUCAAAAAACCGAGCUCACGGAAUCAGAUAUUCUGCUGAAUUUGACUGAAGAGAACUUUAUUGGGAGAGGAGGAUCUGGAGACGUGUAUCGAAUUGCUGUCCAUCAAAAUGGAAGUCAUGUUGCUGUUAAAAGAAUACGCAAAGAAAGGGAAUUAGACAGAAGAUCAGAGAAGCAGUUUCUGGCAGAACUUCAAAUACUGAGUGAGAUUCAACAUCCAAACAUUGUGAAACUAAUUUGCUGCUUUUCAAACGAGGACUCGAAUUUCCUGGUGUACGAGUACAUGGAAAAUCAAAGCUUAGACAAAUGGUUGUAUGAAAAGAAAAGAAACAAAUCACAAAAUGUUUUAUUGAAAUGGGAUACCAGGCUGCAUAUUGCAGUUGGAGCUGUCCGCGGUCUUUGCUAUAUGCACCAUAAUUGCUCCCCUCCCAUUAUUCAUCGAGACAUUAAAUCUAGUAAUAUCCUACUGGACAACGAAUGGAAUGCAAAAGUCGCAGAUUUUGGACUAGCAAAAGUAUUAGCCAAGCAGGAAGAUAGCGAGACUGCUUCUGCUGUUGCUGGCACUUUUGGCUACAUCGCUCCAGAGUAUGCUUAUGCAACAAAAGUAAGUACGAAGAGCGACGUUUAUAGCUUCGGUGUGGUAUUAUUGGAGCUAGCUACUGGAAAGGAACCUGUUAGCAGAGAUGACUACAUGAACCUUGCACAGCUGGCAAGAAAACAUUGUGUAGAAGGAAACCUUAUUGAAGAUGCUCUAGAUGAAGAAAUCAAAGGACCAAAUAACUUGAAAGCAAUGACUACUGUUUUCAAAUUAGGGAUGAUGUGUACUAGCAAGUUACCUUCCAUUAGACCUUCCAUGAGGGAAGUAUUGGACUCUCUUCUAUUCUUGACUACUAGCUACUAGUUAGUUGUCCUUUGGCAUUUACUAGUGAUAUCUGUUUAGCAGUUGAUGAUCUGUUAUAUACUGGUUUAGCAUUAUUUAGUC